CAUCGUGACGGGAGCCCACAGGUGUCCCGGAAUUAUGCGCAACCGCCGGCGUUCGCUUGUCCCUGCGUGCGAGAUCUCGUUCCCAUCCGAAUCCGACCGAGACGGUGGGUGGGGCCGUCGGGGCAGUGGGCGGGGCCCACGGUUUCGGGGCCCGGGAGGAAUCCCGGGCAGCUGCCCGCGGGCAGGCCUUGCCCGUAUAAAGCGAGGGGUAUUCGCCGGGGCAACGCAGUUUGCCGCUCUCGGCACCUCCUCUCGCCCCGGCAGCUGCUCUGCUCUGCUUCCCUCCCCUCUUGCAGAUUUCUAGAAACAGGAAACACAGGGGGCAGAAAUGGCUUCCAACUACGUGGACACCACGGGGGAGGAGGGGAGGUUCCACGCCCACGGCCACCACAGCAACAGCACCACGCCGACCGGCGAGGCCGCGUCGCCCAAGAAUACGCGGAGGAGGUGGCCCGGGUCGGCGUCGGCGCCGUCCGGCGCAGGCCACGGACCCGCUUCCAAAUGCGUCUGUGCGCCGGCCACCCACGCGGGGUCCUUCAAGUGCCGUUUCCAUCGUACCAACUCCCAGGGCCACGGCCACGGCCAGGCCCAGGGAAGCCGUCCUUCUUCGCCUCCUUCACCGGCCGCGGCCAACGCGGUGCCGCGGCACCCGGCCUCACCAUCCUCCUCAUCCGGCACCGUCGCGACCCAGUGACGCAGCCCAAGCAUCGGGCUCGAGAAUCAAGAACGCCCGAUGAUGAAGAGAGAAGGAAAGAUCAUAUACAUGUCAUAAGAAAGGGAGUUUAUUUACUGCUCCUUCGAUGUAUUGUGUCGAUUGAAGAACUCUUGUUUUCUCUCUCUCUCCCACCCCGUCUUUUGUUGGGAUCUCCCUUGAAUCGAAUGGACUUUCCUCUUCAUGGAAGGAAAUUAUCCUGCU